AUGACACGCGGAUCCACGCGGGACGGACGCGCGGACGAAAGCUCCCGUGGCUCCCCCGGUCCACGGGGACGCGGUGGGACGUUCGGCGUGCGCUGGCACGAAUCGGUGCGCAAAGCCCCUCAAACCAGCCCCAGUUUUUCCUCACUCGGCCGUGCAAUUUUACGAAAAGAUGCAAAACGAUCUGAAUGCCAGCGAGGUAGUUUUGGUAACGAGGUGAUGACAAACGCUUCGACUCAUAAAGGUAGACCGGGACUGGCCCAGGAAAGCGGCCGGGUCUCCACACGGGUAGUUGGCCGUGCAGAAAGCCUGGAUAUCGGUGGAAGUGGAGCCAUUCAGCCCCGAUCUGCUCUAAAGCUGCACCACGCUGGGUACGAAGACUUGCCCCACUACGGGAUGGACGGGGUGGGCAUCCCGACCACCAUGUACGGAGACCCGCACGGGGCCCGCUCCAUGCAGGCGGUGCACCUCAACCACGGCCCCCAGCUGCACUCCCACCAGUACCCGCACACCGCGCACACCAACACCAUGCCGCCCAGCAUGGGCUCCUCCGUCAACGACGCCCUCAAGAGAGAUAAAGACGCCAUUUACGGGCACCCCCUGUUCCCCUUGCUUGCACUGAUUUUUGAGAAAUGUGAAUUAGCCACGUGCACCCCCAGGGAGCCCGGGGUGGCGGGAGGAGACGUCUGCUCGUCGGAAUCGUUCAAUGAAGACAUAGCGGUGUUUGCGAAACAGAUUCGGGCAGAAAAACCUUUAUUUUCAUCGAAUCCAGAGUUGGAUAAUCUGGUAAGACGCAUCCCAUCAUAUUGCAGAUUUGGGGGUUUUGGGGACAGCCACGUGGUGCUGAGACCCAACGCCGGAUUGCACAUCAUGUUCCCCCGGUUGGAGCCGUUUGAUGUGACGGUGGCCCCCGGUGGUCCGCGCACAUGA